UACUGAGUUCAUCUUUUUAAACUACUGCUGUAGUGUCUGUGUGUGUGACAGAGUCUUAUCAAAGAUGAUAGCCAUCAUCACACUGCUGGUGCUGCUGUUCUCCGAGUGCGGAGCUCAGAUCCAGUGCUCCCAGAGUGAACUGGAGACCGAGAACCAGCUGAGGGAACUCAGAGCCAUGGUGCUGGAGUUGAGAGGGAAGCUGACCGGUACCCAGAAGGAGCUCCGAGACACCACGACUGCGCUGCACAACACCAACACUGCGCUAGCAGCAGUGAAGACCAGACUGGCAACCACUGAAACUGAAGUAGUGAAUCUGGAGAAGGAGAUUUCAAAGAAACCCAAGGUGGCGUUCUCAGCAGGUCUGACUAACUCGGGACUCGUAAAGGCUGGGAGUUCUGAGCUGAGCUUGGUUUUCACUAAAAUCAUCACCAAUAUUGGACAGGCCUACAGCAGCACGACUGGCUUCUUCACAACUCCAGUCAAAGGAGUCUACUACUUUAGAUUCACAGUACUUGACAUACUAGAGUCACGCAGGAUGACAAUCCUGAUGUUUAAGAACAAAGAGAAGCUCAUGGGCUUGGCAGAAUACGAUACUGAUGGAAAAGAAACCUAUCUCUCUGGUGGUGUGACUCUGCAGCUGGAGGUGGGAGAUGUGGUUAACAUGCGACUCCUGCAGUUCUGUCACUUUGGCAUGCCUGGCCCAGCAAUCUGGAGUGAGUGCCUGGCCUGGGAACUGCUUCAGGGUGGCCUCUGA